AUGCCUUCCCGAUCCGCCAGCCCCUUCCGCUCUACCGAUCUCCAAUCCGGCCUAGAGGUCGAGUCUGAUGACCAAAAACAAAAUCGCCAGCCGAAAAACAAGCCGGACCAUUCUCGCAUCACUACCCGCGGGGCUCCUGCGCGGCACUCGCGCCGCGAGAGAUCAGAGUAUCGGUCGUGGGAUCGGGCCAGUGACAAGUCAUCCGUGGGUAGAACGGGGUCCAAGUAUCGGUCACAAUCACGGCAUUGA